UGUAUGUGCUUUCUCACACUACAGUCUUCUUCUUGUGUCAAAUAUGCAGGUUGUUAGUGGUGGACAAUCCCUUUGGAUAUAUCUGUUAUUCACUUCUCUACAACUUUGGGGAAGGCUUUCUGCUUCCACAUCCUCACCUCUGCCGGUGCCGGCGCCUACACUUUACAUCCAUGCGAGGUCCAAGAGCUCCGUGGUUCUGGCUUGCCGGACACCAGAGGGCCACCGAGGGGAUAAGUUCAUGUUGUUCCGGCACAGAGAACAGGUGGACUCUAAGGUGCUGCAGUCUGGCACUGAGGAGGUUCAGUUCAGUGUGAGGGUAAAUGAGGGGGAUCCAGUCCAACUCUUCUGCUGUCUGUACCAGGACCGGGACCGUCCUUUCAGUGCGUUCAGUCCCUAUUUGCAGCUAGAGCCCCCAAAAGAUGCUGCCCCUACUCGCUCUAUCCCCUUGUUCCCUGCCCCAGUCUUGUCUGUGAAUCCCUCUACCGGCGUGGUCAAACGUGGGGACAUGCUGUCCUUCAGAUGCUCGGUCCCUCUUCCGUCACAGCCUCAGUCCCAGCCGAGCCAUCACAACAAACCGUUGACCUUCCUGUUGCUGAGGGCCGGUGAGCGAACGGGGGCGGCAUCUGUCAUCCUCCAGCCCCGGGCCAGUCGGGUAUCAAACCCUGAACCCCAGCCAGGAGUCUUCAGUGUGGGGCCGGUGAGAGGAGGAGAGGAGGGAGAGUACACGUGCAUUUACCAGAUCACCAAAAGAAAGGCGUUGGUUAAUUCAACUGUCAGCAACGUGGUUCAAAUUGCUAUUACAGACGCGUUGCCAGUUCCCACCCUUCUCCUCCAGCAGCAGACGGACGUGUGGCAUUUGCUCUGCACAGGGUCGCCCGCUUACCCCCGUGCUGUGUUCUCCCUCUACCUGGCUGAUAAUGCUGAUAAUGAACUUCCUGUUGCCACUCACCAUGCCACCAUGAUCAACCACCAGGUCACCUUCCCAGUGCCUGUCCAGGACACCCCUGUGGCUUUGUACCAGUGCCAGUACGAUGUCCUCCUGGGAGGCAAAUGGAGCAAAUCUGAGCACAGCCUCCCAUUGGCUGUAACCAGAGGAAUUCAUCCUCCAUCAUCACCAGAUUUGUCCGGUGUGGACUGGCCUCUCGUACUGGGCUCUUUCUCCGCUGUGGUAUUGUUUCUCUGUUCAGUGGCACUCGUGGUUGUGUUGGCACACAGGAAAGUAAAAGCAGCAGCCGAGGAAAAUAAGAGAAGACAGGAAGCACAGUUCUGGACUAAAGUUCACGCUAAGGACCAUGUCAUUGACCUGACACUCAGGCGUACGAGCAUUACCUCUCAGGAAUGGUCUAGCCUGGAUACACCUACGGAGAACGCCUCCAGAUCUCCUCUAUGGAACUCCCACUCCACAUUCACAACCCCGAUCCAUCCGAUCCAUUAGAAAUGUUUGUUUUCUUUAUCUCCCUCCGUGUGUGUUUAUACUUUAUUUGAGUUUAUCAAUGUAGCAUCAGUCGGAGUUACACAGCAGGACAGGAAGGGCUAUUUCCCCAGUUCCUAUUUCAUGUGUAGCGGUAACAUUGUACAAUUUGACAGGAUAUGAUGUUCGUUUGAUCUUUCAUGUUACUGAGCCAGUGAAUAUAAAUACAGAUCUUUCUUGUUAUUAUUAUUAUUAAGUUUGUAUCUGUUUUGUGAAUAAUCUUACCUUAAGUUUACCCGCAAUGUUCAUUCUUGACCUUAGAAAAAGCUGAUGACAAAACAAUUUCACCGCAAGCUUCUUUUAGUAGCUGCUCUGGAGCUUUCCAUUGUAUUACAGAAUAUUUAUAUGCAGUUAGACCAGACCAGAAUUUAGUAAUAGCUACCAAGUGGAUUGUAUCAAUCUGUAUAAUCUUCCUGGU